AAAAAGUCCACAAGCAAACCUCUCGAAAUUGUCAGACCACCACCAGAGGCAAGAAUAGAGGAGUCUCCUCGUGCAGUAUUUGAAAAAUGGUGUCCAAUGUUAUACGACCCGAUUGAUAGUUCCAAUUUGGGACAGAGGAAAUGUCGAAACUUAAUUGCCUCGAUCACAAUGGCUUGUGCAAUCACAAAGGCCUAUCUUGAUCUUUCAAAAUCACUCAAUCUUUUCCCUUGACACCUUAACCGUCUUUUCGAUUGUUAUUGAGUACAUGAACAGUAUCAUUUAUGAAACAAAUUUUCUGUUCUUGACAGGCUUUAUAUCAAGAUUUUGAAAUCACAGACGCCGAGGUCCUGAGAAGUGAUCGAUUCGACGAGUCUGCAGGUCAAUUCAGAGACAAUUCAAUUCCGUUGUCAAAUGUUCCCCGGCACUAUGAUGGUCCAUUCGAUUUCCAAUGGUACAAAAUGGACGAGGAAAACGAGCGAGAAAAUAUUUUUCAUGCUUCCACUCGUUCGAUGGUGCAUCCGACUAAACUGAUCCUACACCCAAAGGUGUCUUGGCGUUUUACUUCGGGAGAGCCCAAAAUGUUGACAUCGGGUGCUCAUGUCGCCUUGGGAAAGGAAAACAGCGUUGAGUGUCAAAAUGUCACCAAUGUUCAACGAGUUUGGUUCGAUUGCGCUUCAAGAAUCAACUAUUUUUGCGCCAGUGCGGGGAUGGACGCCCUUUGGUCAACCAUGACAGAUGAAGACAUGAAUGAAAUUAUUGACUACAGCAAAACAAAAGAGUAUCCCUUUAUGAUUGCUGCCAUGUUUGUUCCCACCGAGGCCGACAAGGUCCAGAAGCUCUCUGAUUUUUGGAAUAGUUCGGACUCUACGUUUGAUGGCAACCAAGUCGACGUAAAAGCCGUGAUUUGUGAGUGGAAUUGUCCCAAUGGUUUAAAGGACAAGCCUGAAAUCCGUUUGGAUUCAUUCCCUAAUAAAAACAGCGAAAAAUUUAAACCGUACCGAAUGCUGGUUAUCAAGAAUGGAGAAAUCGUGGACCAGGAUGAAUCUCUUCUAGUCUCACCCAUUUGCAUUAAGAAAGUUGGUCCGAUAUUUCAUCCUGCGUCUGUUCACACUAACAUCACCGAAGACGUCCUGACGCUUCAAAUAAAUGAAGCAGGCUCGGGAGCCAUCCACUUUCCCAAGAAAGCGUUUCAAUUUAUUCAGAGACAUGAUCAUACCAACUCCACACGAGAUGUUUACCUGGCACCCAAAAUCAACACUUUGGUUACGACCAAUCGAACCAUGGUUUCGGCCCGAUCUCGUGUAUUGCCCAGACUUAAGCGAACUUCAAUCGGAUUUCAACAUAUUCGGGACGAGAUUUCAAAUACCUUGAGUGACGCCACAGUGAAAAUUUUGGAACAAGACUACUCAAGACUAGAGGACCCUGCCAUUCUCUUAGAAACGUCGGAAUCGAUUGGAAUCUGGUCAAAAGAAUAUAUCACAAUUCCUCCUAUGGACAAGCCAAAUCAGCGUCUCAUUUUAGAAGCUACAUUCGACACGAACAACGGGAAAAUAGGUUUCGAUGACGUCCAUAUUCGAACACGAGAGCGAUGCAGCCCCAGAUGGCACAAACACGAUCGUCAGCAAUUCAACUUUCUGACCAUACCAAACCUGUGGCCUACUUUGGACGAGGUGGAAUCAUCAGGAAUAGACAAGAACAUUCUGGCCGCACGAUUUGGAUUUCUUCAAUUCUCCAAUAUCAGUUUGGAGCUUUGCUCAAGGCAUUGCUUUUUGGGUUCAGGGUGUGACGUGUUCCAAUUUGUCCCCGCAGACGAUUUGAACGUGACCCAAUGUGUUUUAGCUCCUCAUUUGCGGUUGAAAUCUCAUCAUUGGUUUCAAUACACAGAAAAAGCCCCUGUCGAAGCGCCUCGCACGGCUUUGUACGUUUUGGAAUGCUCCGUGGCUAUGGAAAAUCUCCUACUACCCAAUCAUCCGUCCGAUAAUCCUGAAAUCCUCCAAAGCUCAUGCCAAUCCCAGGGCGUUUUAAUACAUGAACAAAACCAUUUGAACCCAAUCUACGUUCACGGUGCCAACAUUAUUGAUCCAUGGUUUGCUUUUUGCUCCCAACCCAAUGAUUACUUAUCGUUAGAGUUUCCCAUUUCGGAGACUCAGUUGCCCUUGGGAAUGAAUUUGGCUUAUUUGACAACAUUCAAACCCAUUGGCCUUUUAAGGCUUUGGUACCGUGCCUCCCAAUUUGAGACAACAACCUUCGACUUUGUCGACCCAAGAUCAACCGAAACGAUCAGUUUAGAACUAAUCGUAGGCACCGCAGAUCCAAAUUCAAUUGAGGCCCAAGAGAGCGAUUCAGUGUUGGGAACUUUUGACCUUUUCCCCGACAUGAGUCUGUUGUUGAAUAAAGCUGUGAAAGUGAAUGUGUCCAUGUCAGCCUCUGACACUGGUUUGGUCACUUUCAUGGACCUUCUCAUUGACAUGCCAAUUCGAUUGGGUUGCUUUGAACCGAUGGGAAAUGGUUCCAACCAAGGCGUGGGUUUCAUUCCGACAUCAUGUCUCGUGACCUGUUUUGGCAAUGGGAAGCAACGGUAUGCGGGCAUGACCGCAGGGUCUGAAUGCGUUUGCUUGGAUGAACCUCCAUCUUCGAAUCAAGUUCCAAUGGAAAAAUGUGAGACUAGAUGCGAGGAGGACAAUCUCCAAUUUUGCGGAGGAUCCGGAGGAGAAAUAUUGGUGUUUGUGGCAGCUUGCCCAGAGGAUCAAGUGCGUUUCGAGGAUGUUUGUCUGGAACUCUUGGACAACCCCCAGGGAGUCAAUGACAACAGCUACAAGUGUUCCAACUUGGGCAUGAGUCUUUGGUACCCUUCAAGCUUUGAGGAGUUUCAGUUUGUCUCCAAGAAUUAUCAAGGGAUCGACGAGGGAUACGUUCAUGUUGGGAUUCGUGCUAUGGAUCGAGAGUUCGGGAUCCUACAAUCGGAUUAUUCGAUUUCAAUGGGCAUUCCCUUUGUAACUCAUGAUGCGUCAGGUGAAUUGCGAUUCUCUCCACCUUCCGACCAACAACAGCCUCUUAUGACCCUAACCCGAUGCAUUGUUCUAAAUCUGACUACGGGCGAUAUAGACCUUUUGGAGCCUUGUCCUAAUGCCAUUGCCUUGUGCAAGCAGAAACUAGUGGGAAAUCGUGCAAAAAUAUUAGACCUUGACGUAGUGAAAUCGUACUCCCCUAUGAAAGACACAUCAACGAUGUUCCAUAAAGAUUCGGUGAAUUCCGUUCAUUUUGCCCAUGAGCUUCUGCCAAUCAUGCCAGAUUCGUUCCUUGAGGUAGCUUUGCCUAGAAAAUCGUCAAUCAUUGGACUGGUUCUCCAAACUCACAAAGAACAAUUCUUCGAAGAAUUUGGGCUUCAGUACCAACGUUUGAGUUUCAAUUCACCUGAUAGUUGGACUACCGUGGAAUGGGGAAUUGAGCCAAUGGAUUGGAGAAGAAGGAGGUUCUUUGCCAAUAGACGGACUGCUUCGAAUGCGGGGGAUGGUUUUUCAUUUCCAGUCUUCCAAACACCACGUGUGAUUGCCGGGGAUGCGGCAAGCAUGGACUUCUACUUCUACGACAACAUCAUCUUCACCCUCUCCUGCUUGGCCAUGGUGUGUGUUCCACCCAUGGCUGAGGCCCAACUCGCUUUGGGUUUGGGCAUUGCCGGUUUGGCCACUCUGGCCAUUGUUAAAGAAGGUCUCAUCAUCUCGGGGAUCAAUACAGCCAUCAAUCGAAGACAUCAUGACAGUUAUUACGAAUACGACCCUUACAGCCACCACGGACCUUCUCAUCACGACAGUCAUCAUCAUCACCGCCGAUCCGUGGAUUGUCCUCCCCAAAACGAGGUGGAUCUGACCCCAUUCUUCAACGCCAUCGCCGAAAACGAUUCCACGGAUUGCGCCAAGAAGAUGGUUUGCAUGGUCACAGCCAAGCCCGCCGAGAGCCGAACCAUUGAUGAGCGCCGGGUGGCCAAUCUAUUCGAUGGUUUGGCCUUUGAACGGGAUUCGAGUGCGGCCAACUUCCAAUUGGCGGCCAUGUUGGGCAAUCUCAAGCAAGAGAAGCUGUGCGAGGAACAGUAUGCUCGUUGUCCCAAAUUCCGCUUUUGGGACCUGCGGAGCGAUUCAAUCAUGUUGCCGAGCAUUGGAGACGUGAUUACGGUCAAGUUGUCUCUUCCCGAUCCUAUCUUUACCAAUCGUAUUCGGUUCAAAGAUAUCAAGUCAGACACAAAGUUUCAACUCAAGGUCAGCCUUCUUGGAACAUCGUCUGUGGCCUUGCAAACCCGACAUCCGACGUUAACGGAAGUUGAAAUUGAAAAAGUUCAUUGGGAUUGGCAAAAACCGAGUCAAAAAUAUGCCUCGGAAGGACGUCUCGAGCCAAAAGAUUCGUUGUCUUAUGACUUUUGCCCCGGAGGAAGUGUGCGUUUCAAGCUACUCACUUACCAGUUCGUAUCUCAAGGGUUUUUCUUGGUCCUGAGGGAAGAUAACGAGGACAAGAUUGACAUGCGCUUUCGAAAACACUCAGAUAAAUGGUUUAAUGUAUUGGUUAACAGUUAUGGCUAUUGCGAAGACCAAGAUAAAGAAACAAAGGGGUAUGAAGGUAGUUGGAAGGAGGAAGUAGUGGAGGAUGCCGUUUGGGACGUGGUCGUCCAAUGCCAAAAUAACAGCCUGGCCUUGUUCAUGAAUGGACAGAAAUUUGGAGAGCAAUACGAAAUCUACAGAGCGGCCCGAAGUCCCCACAUGGAAAAGCUUUCUGCCUCAUCAGUCACAGGAAUAAUUUACGUGGCUCGAACCCAAAUGAGACGCAAACAUGGCUUACUCAACGACUUGAGACUGGCCAAGCAUGAGGAGCUCACGUUUGAGGAUAGCUUCACUGGCCUUGGCCAAACCUUUGCCAAGGCUGAAUCCCAAAUGUUUCAUCACCUAGAUGGCUUGUCGGUCCAUAACUAUUAUCGGUCGGAUAACUCACAAGAUAUGGGCAUGACUGCCAUAGAAUUAGAAUUCGAUUGCCACAACUCUGUCUUAGGGCAAGACAUAUGUCUCCCAAUUCAAGGCCACUCACUCAGCUCGAAUGGAGAUACUUCUUUUAUGGGAGGGGAUGACGAGAGCAUAUAUAGAGGGGACUGUGGACCGGAAUUCAGUCACAUUGGAACCAUUUGUGCCGUGGUCCCCAAUCCAGGGCAUUGGAUCAAAGCGGAACUCGCUGGAGCUAAAGAUGCAAUUUGUGUAGGCGACAAAGAGGUAUUUGUUCCAUUUAGCCAUGAAGAGAACAUCAUGUUCCAAAAUUACAUGAUGGAACAGUUUGGAACUGCCAAUCAUUCCACCAUUUUCAUUGGAAUAAAAGCGUCGUUUUCGGGUUGGGUGGACUUAUUCGACCAACCAGUGUCGCUCUCAGCCCAAUUUUGGGCCCAGGGUCACCCAUCAAACUCCUCCGAGGAGUGCGUCGUUGCCGACUCAUCAUUAGGAUAUCGAUGGAGGCUUUCAAGUUGCUUUAAUGCUUACAUUUUGUGCAUGAAGCGAAGACCUCGUUGUCCUCCUGGUUAUGCUUGGCGUCCGUCUUUCGAGGAUUCGUGCUUCAAGAUCACGGAGGAUGAUUCUUUUGUUCGUUAUGGAAAAAAUCUCUCAAGCCAUGGUUCUUACUUCAACCAUGAAGAAAUGUGUCUGAAAGAUGGAACACGUUUGGCCAUGCCCCUUGAGAUGACGGUCCUAAAAAGUCUCACUUCCUGGGCUUAUCUGCAGUUAAACGCAUCAUACGAUCUUACGACUGGAAUCAGGAGUUUACCUGACCCUGGACUUUACGUUGGAUCAUUCCGCUCAGGACCCAAUGAUCCUUAUGAAGGAGCAAUUGAUUUCAGUGGGUUUACCAACGCUUGCACCAAGAUUGAUUCCAAUCAAAAUUUGGUGGCCGCGCCAUGUGAAUCAGUUUCUUCCACAACACCGUCAUUUUCUCGUGCCAUUUGCCAAUACACAUCGUGCUUCACGCAGACAGACAAAGUUUGCAUGUUCCCAUUUAAGUUUCAGGGACGAACUUACGACUCGUGCAUCACAUUGGGGAGUCUAGAUGGAACUCCAUGGUGUCCUACAAAGUUAGAUUCCAAUGGGAGUUACAUUGAUAGCUUCAAAGGCUCCUGUUUAGACUCUUGUCCUGUCAAUAAUUGCCCACUGGGAUACUACAGACUUUAUCCUGACGUCACAUGCUACAGGAUUAGCCCCACGAAUACGCAUGCUUUAGUGGAGAACUUUGACGAUGCUCAAGCUAAUUGUGGCCAAGAAGGAGGGAGAUUAUGGGAACCCAAGAACUUGGAAGCAUUAGAAACUCUCUUGGAGCUCAAUACCAUUCUGCAUAACCCAUUGUUCCCUGGAACAAAUGCGGAACAUUACUUUGCUAUUGGUGUCAAGCUAUCUCUUAUAGAUGAGGUCAUCACUCCCGUUUAUUGGGAUGGCACACCCAUGCCUGAGAAUAUAAGGGAACAUCUCAUGGUGUGGCAAGAUGGACCGCCAACCUUGAACGAGGUCGGGAAAUGUGUCGCCAUUUUCAAUCGAGCCAUGCGCCCUGUACAUUGCUUGGAUGGCUUGUUUUCACCUCAACUUGAAGAUCCUCUUGCAAAUACAUCCAGACUCAGUUACAUUUGUGAAGCCCGACCCACCGAAACCAUGUACGAAUCCCCUCCUCAAGUGUGCCAUUUCCCCUUUAAGCACAAUGGAAAAACAUAUCAGAGUUGUGCUCAACCCGUCUCGGGAAUUGACUCAGAAGGAAGCCCUUGGUGUGCAGUUCAAGUCGACUCUGAAAUGGUUAUGGUGGAUGGAGAGUUUGGAUUGUGUCAAGAUGAGCGGGAAAUCAUCUUCCAUGGGGAGCCGGGAGUGACUGGACUUGGUUGUUCUUUGCCAUUUCUCAUGGACAACGUCCUAUAUGAUACCUGCACUCGGCUGACCCCUGACGGACUGAUGCAAGACUUUUGGUGUCCGAGCUCUCAACAAGCCAGUAAAUAUGUACCUUUUGAUGACACUGCUUAUGGCCUUUGCCAAGAUUAUGUCAUUCCCGAGCCCAAUGGGUGUUCGGAUCAUUUUGACUUGAUUGACCAAGAAUGCGUCCGGUACUUUGGCCACCCUUUGGGCUUCCAAGAGGCUCAAGACAAAUGCCAAUCGUUUGGGGGUGACCUCUGGGCUAUCGUGAACGACGAGGAGAGCAACAAGUUCAAGACCUACGUGGAAAAUAAAAUGAACGAAUACACUCACUAUGAGCUACCCGAAGCUCUGUGGAUCGGCGCCAGUCAUGAUAAUGUCUCUUGGUCUUGGCUUGCUCAUCAGCAAGCGUUCGACGACUUCACCAAGUGGAAAUCGAGCAUCAAAAACUUUGGAUGCCCGAGUAACCAAUGCCCGGCCGACAUGGCGUUGACUGUGUGGCCACACGAAGAGUUUGUUUGGAAGGCGGUGGAUGAUGUGCAACUUCUCCCCUUUGUUUGUAAAUCUUUUUGUCCUAUAGGAUAUACAUUCUUCAGUUCGGUCCAGAAGUGCCUGAAAGUGGGACCAAAUCCAAAUAAUGCCACUGAUUCCAAAAGGACACUUGGAUCAGCUUCUUAUGAGUGUGGACGAGAGAACGGUCGAUUAGCUUUAAUCGAGAAUUGCGCUCUUUUGGAAGCUCUCUCGGCAGAAAUAAUCUCCAAGUACUAUCCCUUAAAUGAGACAUUUCUAAUAGGAGCAUUUAAAAGUUUUGAAAACUCGAUGGCGACCAGGUCUACCAAAAGAAAUGAAAGAGUGAUGGACUCGAGAGGCUUCGAAGUCUAUGAUCCAGAGAAUAGGUUGAAGUUUGACGAAUCGACGGGAUUGUGCAAAGUCAAAAGUCUGAAUUUAGGCGGGAUUCAUAGGCAAAAAGAUUAUGUCUUUGGCUUCACUUCUUCGACACCAUAUUCCACGGAUCAUUUUGAAAUAACUUCCAAUCCACAAGACAUGAUGGAGCAUUACUAUAUUUGCCAAAAAGAUGAAUUGUGGGAAUGUCCUGAGGGUUAUGUUAUGAUGCUUCAACUUUGCUACAAAGCUUUCUCUGAUAUCCAACUUGAUGCCAUGGAUUCAGAAAUCCGAUGUCGGGAUGACGGAGGAUCACUGAUGAGGCCCACACAUCUAUUAGAACAACAUUUGAUGAAUGAAUUAAUUCAGAGUCACGGCAAUGAAUCUUUCUGGUUGGGCUAUAAUUACGAGAAUGAUGCGAGAGCAAACCCUCUGAAUCUUUUUGACAACCCUAUAACUGGAUUCGAGGAGUGUGUUCAGGUAGCCGCAAACGGAGGCACUUUUCAGUACGAUCUCAAACCAUGUACAGAGGUGGCCAGCUUUUUGUGUCAAAAGGAUCAAGAGUUGAAAACUGAGUUGAGGCAAUUCGUGCCCAAACCAGUCGUUAUGAUGCCGCUAAACACCAUGUUUGGGACCAGAGAUAUUUCCACGAACAAGAUCCAAGUCACCAACUUGAACGUGAGAAUCGACGAGAGAUGGGUCCCAAGCCGUUUGAUGGGCUCUGCCUUUCUUUCCAACCCGAAUCGAGAUCCCGGAUCAUACCUAGCCUUGGAUCUAAGCGACAUUGGGAUUGAUCAAGAUUUUACCCUCGUUUUUUGGAUCAAGUUUUUCUCGAACAACAAUGACAACGCGCAUAUUAUUGAGACUGAAAAUGGGAGAUUUCAAUUGAGGAGGCCCAUUAACAGAUUGGAAAUGAUCUUCAAGCGUUCUGACGAUACUCUAUUCGAUUGGGGGACUCCUAUCCAAGAUCCAAUCGAAGAUGAGAAAUGGCACAAAUUAGGAUUAAGCAUGAGGGGUCAAGUCGGGGAGUUUGCCUUUUUUUAUAACGAUCGCUUCGGAUCAUCAGUAUCUUGGAGUUCGUUCAGAGAUAUUUCCGAUCCGGCGUCUAUCCCUAACAACAUCUUGGAUGGUCAAAUUUUCUUGGGAGCCAAUCCCCAAGGGCGUCCAUCCGAUUUCUUGACUGCUCAAAUCAGCUGUUUCCAAAUCUACAAUCAUGGCUUAAAUGAGGUCCAAUUCAACUACGUCAGUAAGAAUUGCCAACCCGUGGAGGAUCAAACGCAAGAUCGAUGUCCCACGGACUUCAUAUAUUACGAUGGCAUGUGCUACUUCAUCUCCUUGGAUCAGAUGAGUUUCACCAAUGCCGAGAUUCAGUGUGCGUCUCCAAGCGAUGAAAGGGGCGCUUUCAAGAGCCAAUUGAUGUGGACCGAGAAGAAACAACACUUUGAGUUUGUGGGGCGAAUUCUUAGGCAAAGCGUUGGGACCACCGACUUUUGGGUUGGGUUAGAUAACAGAAAAGAGGGCAAUGCUUGGGAAACAAGUCAUGGAGAUCGUAACAUUAGUGAGAGCCAUCCCAUUUGGAGCACGUCUUCGACUUUUUCUCCCGACAAACAAUGCGCCAAAAUUCCGGGACCUAAUGGAGGGUUCAUUGAGCCAACCUCUUGCCAAAAUGGUCUGUCAUAUGUUUGUCAAACCAUUCCUUUGGAUCAAGACCCCGACAAUCCUUGUCCAAUGGGGUUUAUCUCCUAUAAACGGUUGUGCCUAAAGCCGGUCGAAGAUGAACAAACCUAUGAAAAAGCUCGGGACACAUGUGCCCAAAGUGGAUCCACUGUGUAUGCUCCCGAGGAUGUGGUAGGGUUGAAGUUCAUGAUCGCCUAUGCUUUGGAAAACAUGCCAAGAGACCUUUGGCUGGGAGUGCAUGCCAACAGGAACUAUUCCACCUACGACAACGACUCUGACUUUUCAACACCCUUGAGAAUUGUGAUCAGUCAGGAUAAAUCUUUUGCAGAUAACUCUCUCUACGUGGAUGGAGAGGAUUACGAUUUCGCAUUUGAUGGCAGGACCCAUUGGAAAGGCCCCUGUCUUUUUCUGAAGGCCUCAGUUGGAUACGUGACACGUGACACAAAAUGUCGACAAGAAGCCGCCUUCUUCUGCAAAUGGCAAGGUUUGGAAUGUCCCCCGGGAUAUUGGACCCUUGGGCACAUCUCUGAUGGCACUCGAUGUUACUCAAUCAUGAAUGAGGAAAAGAAUCUGGCACAGGAUCUGUGUGAUGAUCCCAAGGAUGAGUUGCGAGCUCUGACGUUGCCGAAACCAGAUCUGGUUCAACGUUUGCUUUCCAACAUGCGGGGAAAGACAAUGUGGAUCAACUUGAGCUACACGAAUGAAACUCGAACCUGGUUGGACAACGAAAACCGAACGGUGACAGAAUUGGCCAAUGAAGAAGGAGGUAGUUUAAAACUGCAGACUCCUGCUGACGAACUCCAAGGGUGUGCAAAAAUGUUCGACAAUGGUAUAAUCAGCCUUCAGUAUAAUUUGGAAUGUCGAAAUGACGAGGCCUCUCCAAUUUGCGAGUACAAGAGCUGCCGGUCCAAGUUGGGCAAGCAGUGUCAAUUUCCCUUUAAGUAUCGCAAUAUUUCCGACGAUUUUACCGAAGUCGAGGUGGAAUUCACUCGUUGUGCCACCAUCGACCUUCAUAAGCCCUGGUGUGCCACAGAAUUGAAUGCUGAUGGAUCCAUAGCAGCUUGGGAUUACUGUUUGCCCGACUGUCCGCAUGAUGAGAUCACUGUGGCUUGUCUAGACGAGCCGAGAUUUCCAGCAUUCGCUCCUGAAGGCGAUUAUCACAGAAAUUAUACAACUGAUUAUUUCCCAGGCUCCCAUGAUAAGCUUCUUGAACUUGAUAUGGUGGCUUUCAAAUGCCCCGAGGGAUAUGUCUUUGAGGGCUCAACGAACAUUACACAUUAUGCCAUUUGCCAUAACUGGGAAUAUACAUACAACUUCGACCUGGAAGCCAUGUGUGUCCCAUCGCAAUGCCAUUGUCCGCCUUGGUUUACCAAUGGAACCCAACCUGGUAGCAGCUCAUUAAACGAGACUGAAUGGACCACAUGUGGAAAAGAAGGAUUGACAUUCUUUCUCGAUGACCAGGUGACCUACAAAUGUCCUGAAGGUUAUGUGUUUGAGACUCCCGAGCUCAUUCUGGACGGGCAAGAGUCUAUGGAACUUACUUUGACAUGCGCUACGUUUGCCUCCUGGAAACCUGGCCUGAUCCCCAAAUGCAUUCCUAUCAAUUGUACGGAUGAUCCGCCCAAGAUGCUGAAUGGAGAUCGCGGAUAUUACAAUUGGAACCCGGCCAUCGGCAACAGAACAUUCAUGCACGAGGUUCAUUAUUCCUGUAACUUGACCGGUUGGGGUUAUCCAUCCACGGGCGAGCAAAAUCAAGUCUCCGUCUGUCAAGCCAACAAGGCCUGGAGCGUGACCGAAAUUGAAGAUUGUGAAAAGCUGCCUUGCCAAAAUCCUCCUCCUUCACCUCCUGCCGGGGGUUGGAAGUGGUUCGAAUUGGACCAGACCCGCUAUCGUUGUCCGGAUGGGAUGGAGUUCAAGAGCGGGGUCUUUCCGUUUUUGGUGUCCACUUGCACUUCUGCGGGGUUUUGGAGCCCCGAGGCAAUAGAGGAGUGUGUUCCUCGAAAAUGUCCCGAUUCUCCUCCUUCCCAUGCAUGGAACAUAUUGAGGGAUUGGCCAAAACAAGACACUACCUUGGGAACCCAAGUCACCUAUCAAUGCCCUCAUAAGAGAACCACGUGGGAUGAGGAACUUCAAGAGCAAGUGUCAACCUGCAUCUUUGACAAGGACACGGAUUCGUUGCAUUGGUUCCCUCAUACAAUCUUUGAUUGCACACUAUUACAUUUAAGACAAAUUGAAAUAAAAUCUCAUAAUGACCAACUUAUCCAUCUGAUCUCCGAAAGCAAUUCUCAUUACAUUUCUAUUGCACGUGUGUUUGCUUUGGCUGACUUCUUUUCGUGACAGUUGAGCAUGUAUCCACCCUAAUAAACCAGUAGCCUUCUUCGGAAUCAAUGAAGCCUCGAAAUGUCCCAUUGGGUGCUUCUGCGUUACGUCGUCAACUGAGAAACAAUCACAUAAAGUGAUCCUGGAUAUGCUUAUCAAUCAACAGAAGCGCUAUUUGUGUGCCCUCCAAUACAUUUGUUGUCGAAAAACCCUUCAAGAGAAGGUAUUUCAUUGUUAUCAAUAGUCAAUCCAAGGCUGUCGUAGGGACCAAGCGACGGAAUAACUAAUUGAGGCCCUAACAUCGAUGUACUAGAUGAUAUUGGAGGUUUUCAGAGUUGGAAUAAAAAACCAUAUGUU